GGUGGCGGCGGGCGGCGGGACGGGACCCGGAGCCGCGGCGGCGGGGGGGGGCGGCGGCGGCGGCGGCGGCGACUGCCGCCGUGGCGGUAAGCGGUGGUCCAGGGUUAGCGGCGUUGUCGGUGGCUCGACGGAAAGACGGCGGCCCGACGGGGAAGUUCUGGGAGAGCCCGGAGACGGUGUCCCAGCUCGACUCGGUCCGCGUCUGGCUGGGGAAGCACUACAAGAAGUACGUUCAAGCAGAUGCUCCUACCAAUAAAACACUGGCUGGGCUGGUGGUGCAGCUGCUGCAAUUCCAGGAAGAUGCCUUUGGAAAACAUGUCACCAAUCCUGCCUUCACAAAGCUUCCUGCAAAGUGCUUCAUGGAUUUCAAAGCUGGAGGUACAUUAUGUCACAUUCUUGGUGCUGCUUACAAAUAUAAGAAUGAACAGGGCUGGCGGAGGUUUGACCUGCAGAAUCCAUCCCGAAUGGAUCGAAAUGUGGAGAUGUUCAUGAACAUUGAGAAAACACUAGUGCAGAACAAUUGUCUGAGCAGACCGACCAUCUACCUCAUUCCAGAUAUAGAAUUGAAGUUGGCUAAUAAAUUGAAGGAUAUUGUCAAACGUCACCAGGGAACAGUAACUGAAGAGAAAUCAAAGGCUACCCACCAUGUUUAUCCAAGUCCUACCUCAAUGGAUGAUGAUGAAUGGCUGAGACCUGUGAUGAAAAAAGACAAGCAGGUGCUGGUACACUGGGGCUUUUUUCCAGACAGCUAUGACACUUGGGUUCAUGCCAAUGAAAUAGAUGCUGAAAUUGAGGAUCCUCCAAUUCCUGAAAAGCCAUGGAAGGUUCAUGCCAAGUGGAUUUUGGACACAGAUAUAUUCAAUGAAUGGAUGAAUGAAGAGGAUUAUGAGGUAGAUGAGAACAGGAAAUCAGUGAGUUUUCGACAGAGAAUCUCCAUGAAAAAUGAAGAGCCUGUACGUAGUCCAGAGAGGAGAGACAGGAAAGCAGCAGCCAGUACAAGGAAGAGAAAGCAUUCUCCUUCUCCACCCCCCACUCCUGUGGAGUCGAGAAAAAAGACAGGGAAGAAAGGACAAACAGCCUUAUAUGGGAAAAGGAGAGGGCAGAAAGAAGAAGAUGAGCAAGAAGAUCUUACAAAGGACAUGGAGGAUCCCACACCAGUACCUAAUAUAGAAGAAGUGGUACUUCCCAAAAAUGUGAACCCAAAGAAAGACAGUGAAAACACGCCUGUGAAAGGAGGAACAGUAGCAGACCUUGAUGAACAGGAUGAGGAGACAGUGGCGACUGGCGGAAAGGAAGAUGAAGAUCCUAACAAAGGCGAUCAAAGUAGGUCAAUCGAUCCAGGUGAAGAUAACGUCACAGAACAAACCAACCACAUCAUUAUUCCAAGCUAUGCAUCUUGGUUUGACUACAACUGUAUUCAUGUGAUUGAACGUCGUGCUCUUCCUGAAUUCUUCAAUGGAAAAAACAAGUCCAAGACUCCAGAAAUAUACCUGGCUUACCGCAACUUCAUGAUUGACACCUAUCGCUUAAACCCUCAAGAGUACUUGACCAGCACUGCCUGCAGAAGGAAUCUGACUGGAGAUGUGUGCGCUGUCAUGAGAGUACAUGCUUUUCUGGAGCAGUGGGGUCUGAUUAACUACCAAGUGGAUCCAGAAAGCCGUCCCAUGGCAAUGGGCCCUCCCCCUACUCCUCACUUCAAUGUGCUGGCUGAUACACCCUCUGGACUUAUGCCUCUCCAUAUCCGCACUCCGCAGGUUCCAGCUGCUCAGCAGAUGUUGAGUUUUCCUGAGAAAAACAAAGAGAAGCCUACUGAUCUGCAGAACUUUGGACUUCGCACAGACAUUUACUCAAAAAAGACUUUAGCAAAGAGUAAAGGUGCAAGUGCUGGAAGAGAAUGGACAGAACAAGAGACAUUGCUGCUAUUAGAAGCUCUGGAGAUGUAUAAAGAUGACUGGAACAAAGUCUCAGAGCAUGUUGGGAGCCGUACCCAAGAUGAAUGCAUUCUCCAUUUUCUGAGACUUCCAAUUGAAGACCCCUAUUUGGAGAACUCUGAUGCAUCUCUGGGCCCGCUGGCUUACCAGCCCGUACCUUUCAGCCAGUCUGGCAAUCCAGUGAUGAGUACCGUUGCUUUUCUGGCAUCGGUGGUGGAUCCCCGGGUGGCAUCAGCCGCAGCAAAGGCUGCGUUAGAGGAAUUUUCUCGAGUCAGAGAGGAGGUACCACUGGAGCUUGUUGAAGCUCAUGUAAAGAAAGUACAGGAAGCAGCAAGAGCCUCUGGGAAGGUGGAUCCAACAUACGGACUAGAGAGCAGCUGCAUUGCCGGAACAGGUCCAGAUGAGCCAGAGAAAAUCGAUGGAGCCGAAGAAGAAAAGAUGGAAACCGAGACAGAUGGGCAACAGUCUGAGAAGGUUGAAAACAAAGCAGAGAGUGAAAUUGAGGAAGGCGAUAAAGUACAAGAAGGAGAAAAUGAAAGAAAUCCAGAAAAAGAGCAAGACAGUGAAGCGACUGCAGACCCCAAGCCAGAAGAAAAGGAGGCAGAAGAGAACAAGGAGAACGUUGAUGCAAGCAAAGACAAAGAAAACGAGGCUGGGAAGAAGAAAGUGGAACACGAAAUCUCGGAAGGAAACGUAGCUACAGCUGCAGCUGCUGCCCUUGCCUCAGCUGCCACCAAAGCAAAGCACCUAGCAGCGGUGGAAGAAAGAAAGAUCAAGUCCCUGGUCGCCCUUUUGGUGGAGACACAGAUGAAGAAGCUGGAGAUAAAACUUCGCCAUUUUGAGGAGUUGGAAACGAUUAUGGACAGAGAGAAAGAGGCAUUAGAGCAGCAGAGACAACAGUUGCUGACAGAACGCCAGAAUUUUCACAUGGAACAGCUGAAAUACGCUGAAUUAAGGGCUCGUCAGCAAAUGGAGCAGCAGCACAGUCAAAACCCACAGCAGCCUCACCAGCACUCCAGUGGGCCUGGGAUGAACCCCCUUGGGGCAGCAGCACAUCCAGGCUUACUGCCUCAUCAGCAGCCCCCACCGUACCCUAUGAUGCACCACCAAAUGCCACCACCUCACCCACCACAGCCAGGUCAGAUGCCGGGGCCCGGUUCGAUGAUACCUGGACAGCCCAUGCCAGGCCGGAUGAUGCCAAGCGUGUCAGCCAACAUCCAUCCAGCCGGCGGUGGUCCCCCCCCUCCUGGCAUGUCACCGAUGUCAGGAAAUCUAAUUGGACCUCGUGUUCCUCUAGCAGCUCCGAAUGGCAUGUAUCCCCCUCCUGCACAGCCACCUCCGCCAGCAGAAGGGGUGACCCCACCUCCGGCAGGAGCCCCGCCGGCCUCAGCCGCUCCCUAAGCAGUCAAGGAAGAAGGAACUUCUACAGCAACAUAGUGGUGACCAAAAAUGAAUUCCUCAGUUACCUUCUGUUCCCUUGGGAGGUUUUCACCUCCCGUUGGCCUGCCCCGGUCGUGUAUGUGUGCAUAUACAUACACGUAUACAAGCACAUACACACAGCGUCUUUUUUCCCCCCCUCUCCCCACCACUCGUAACCUGGCAGUACUUGGCAUUCCCUUGGGAAAGCUUUAGAUCAGAGAUGCCAGCAGUGCCUCUGUGUUGCUGGUGGGAAGUACUUUAGGCUUUGGUCUGCUUGCCUUUCAGAGUGUGCUCAACUCUGGUUUCUUUUGUCUUGGUGUUUUGAGCUUUAGGUUCUGCUGGGGAGGGUAAAAAACCCAAACUUUUAAGGUGGAGGCAUUAACUGAGCUUUAGGAUGUAGCACAUGCCCGCUCCACCUGUGAUUUAAUGUUUCGGGUUCUCCAGGUAGAGCAAAGCAUCAAGAUCAGAUACCAAACCAGUGUUUUGAGCAAAGAAGGAAAAUUAGGGCGUGCUGUAGCACAGAAGGUGCAGGAAUGCCAGCCGUGUUCAUUGCAGAUAUCUGAUAAUUAAGGACAGUAGCCGAGUCCUGGGGCUGUCUUGCUAACUUAUUAAAGAAAAUAUUGAUCCAGUGCGAAUGAAGCCAGGAGUGAAUCAAUUGGAAUAAAACCACUCAAUGGUAGGAGUUUUCUUGCUCCAGUUUUUACCUUUCUUUUGCCUUUGGAGGUGGUAGUUGAACCUUCCCUCUGAGUAGUUUGGUACAGUAGCCAACUGAGGAAUAAAAUCAUGAUUUUUAGUCCCUCUUUUUUGGAGCAUAUACUUUUUACUUUUUAAAAUGAACAAAACAAAAAAAAAAAGUAGAUAGCGAAGAAGUGCUAGCAUAUGGGAUUGGGUUGGGAUGGCUGGGAUGCGAAUGCCAGAACUACCUCCUGCGGACAGCCGAGGUGGGCAGAGUCAGCAACCGUGGUACGAGUCUUGGGGACAACUCACAUCACUUUCCACUCGCUGAGCUUCCUUGGUCUGGGGGGUUGCGGGUAAGGGAACAGCUUCAGCAGGCAAAUCUAGGAGCACUCGCUGAGUGAGACCACCAGCGCAGUACUGCUGAUACAGACCUCCAGACUGCCAAAACUGCUUGUUUGCUCGUCGUUAGUGACUGCAAAAAAUCCUUUGCCGACUGUGGUUCAGGUUCUUGCCCUCUUCCCGGCAUAAGAGGGUUUGACAGGUUUCCUUGCCAAAGGUCUGAAGACUGCUCGUUUAUUUGAAGGGUGGCUUUCAGCGACCGAGUGCAAGGUGGUGGUCUAAAGCUUGACCGGAGAGAGAUCUCCCAAAUAAUCUGAAACCCACAGAACCACUUACACCAUUUAAAAAAAAGGAUUUGCUUUGAAGAGCACUCAGGUGAUGGACUCAUCGAUGCUAACGGUUGAACUUCCCAGGUCCUGAGAGUGCAUGGGUGUGGAGUGACCAUUUCUGGGCUGCCUGCACAUCCCCGCUGCAUGCUCAGACGAUCGUCUGCAGCCUUGUUACUUCCAGUGCAUAGGAACGAUGCUUUCCACCGUCAAGCUCUAAGAAUCCACAGUGCCUAGCAGAGAACGGUCAGGGCCUGCCUGCCUUCCACCUCCCACAAAGGAAAUUCAUCCCCAAUGUUACCUUUCCCUCCAGGGUCUUUGGGGUGAGCAUGGGAUUUUCUGGUUCAGACCGUAGUCCAGUUUAGAAUAACCUCAGGUUGUUUUUAGCGUGAUCAAGUAUAAAGGAUCCAGAUGGAGACUAUUUUUUACUGUACUAGCGAUGAUCCUACAGAGUACCUGAAUUCUUGACACCGUUGUGUUUCUGUAUAAAUAAUACAUGUGCUGACUUUUUCAUCUGAUCCUAUGUAUAGGGCCGGUUUUAUUCCUGCAACACAGCCACCCAAUUUUGUGAAAUAAAAAAAAAAUGUGGUUUUUUUGUACAAA